UUUCUCCCGCCCGGAGAGGAGCCGCCCGAGGACGCGGUGUGUGUGUGUGUGUGUGGUGUGUGUGUGGGUGUGUGUUGUGUAUGUGUGUGUGUGUGUGUGUCUGCGAUGCUGAGGGAGCUUUGGGGAUGGACGGGUCUGCGAGAAGUGAGUUGGUCUCCGAGACGCCGGGCUUGCCGAGGGCGCUGAAUCCCCGCCGCCCCGUCCCAGCCGGACCCCAAUAUUAGGAAGGGGGCGAGGAGGGUGCGGGGUGGGAGGAGGACAGGGGCCAGGGGGCCCGGCCGGACAAACGGACGGAUCGAGGGACGGGCAGGAAAGGCAGCAGGGGAGACCCCGGGGGCCAAGGAACCACCAACUGAACGCCAAGUUGCUCGCCCUCCUCCGUCCACGCUCAGGAAUGAACCCUUUGGAGCUCGCUUUGCUCCUGCUUGGCGCCUUCCUGCUCAGCCCAGAGUUCGGGCUUCCAAGGAGAGGAUGCUACCUGGUCCUGGGGUACCUGUCCAAGGACAAGUUCCGGAGGAUCAAUGAAGGCCAGGUGUACAGCUUCCAGCAGGAGCCGCAGGACCAGGUGGUGGUGUCGGGCCAACCGGUGACCCUGCUCUGCACCAUCCCCGACUACGACGGCUUCGUGCUCUGGAUAAAGGACGGCCUGGCCCUGGGCGUGGGCCGUGACCUCUCGCGUUACCCCGAAUACCUGGUGGUGGGGAACCACCUGUCCGGGGAGCAUCACCUGAAGAUCCUCAGCGCUGAGCUCAAGGACGAUGCCGUGUACGAGUGUCAGGCCAUCCAAGCGGCCAUCCGCUCACGCCGUGCCCGACUCACUGUCCUAGUGCCCCCGGACGACCCCGUCAUCAUGGGGGGGCCGGUGAUCAGCCUGCGGGCCGGAGACCCCCUGAACCUUACCUGCCACGCGGACAACGCCAAGCCUGCGGCCUCCAUCAUCUGGCUACGCCAGGGAGAGGUGAUGAAUGGAGCUGCCUAUUCCAAGACGCUGGUGCGGGAUGGGAAACGGGAGAGCAUCAUCAGCACGCUCUUCGUGUCGCCCGCUGACGUGGAGAACGGGCAGCGCAUCGUCUGCAGGGCUACCAACAAGGCUGCCCCUAAUGGAAAGGAGACAUCAGUCACCAUUGACAUCCAACACCCACCGCUCGUCAACCUGUCACUGGAGCCGCAGCCGGUGCUGGAGGGCCACAUGGUCAGGUUCCACUGUGCGGCCAAGGCCAAUCCAGCCGUGACCCAAUACAGGUGGGCCAAGCGGGGCCAGGUCAUCAAGGAAGCGUCCGGGGACUUGUAUGAGACGGUGGUGGAUCACACCUUCUUCUCCGAGCCCGUGUCCUGCGAGGUGACCAACGCCCUGGGCAGUACCAACAUCAGCCGCACAGUGGAUGUUUACUUUGGGCCUCGAAUGACCACAGAGCCUCAGUCCCUGCUGGUGGACCUGGGCUCAGAUGCUGUCUUCAACUGUGCCUGGACGGGGAACCCAUCUCUCACCAUCGUCUGGAUGAAGCGCGGCUCUGGGGUGGUUCUGAGCAACGAGAACGUCCUGACCCUGAAGGCCGUCAGCCAGGAGGAUGCUGGGAAGUAUGUGUGCCGAGCCGUAGUGCCCCGUGUCGGGGCCGGAGAGCGGGAGGUGUCACUGACCGUCAAUGGGCCCCCCAUCAUCUCCAGCACCCAGACGCAGCACGCUCUGCACGGGGAGAAAGGCCAGAUCAAGUGCUUCAUCCGCAGCACACCCCCGCCCGACCGCAUUGCCUGGUCCUGGAAGGAGAACGUGCUGGAGUCGGGGACUUCCGGCCGCUACACGGUGGAGACGGUCAGCACCGACGAGGGCGUCAUCUCCACGCUGACCAUCAGUAACAUCGUACGGGCCGACUUUCAGACCAUCUACAACUGCACGGCUUGGAACAGCUUCGGCUCCGACACCGAGAUCAUCCGGCUCAAGGAGCAAGGUCCGGGGAUGAAGUCAGGACCUGGGCAGGAAGCAGAGUCCGUGCCGAUGGCUGUCAUCAUCGGGGUCGCCGUGGGAGCUGGGGUGGCCUUCCUUGUCCUCAUGGCCACCAUCGUGGCCUUCUGCUGUGCCCGUUCCCAGAGAAAUCUGAAAGGCGUGGUGUCCGCCAAGAAUGACAUCCGCGUGGAGAUCGUCCACAAGGAGCCGGCCGCGGGGCGGGACCCCGAGGAGCACCCCGCCAUCAAGCAGCUGAUGAUGGACCGGGGCGAGUUCCAGCAGGACUCGGUGCUGAAGCAGCUGGAAGUGCUCAAGGAAGAAGAGAAAGAGUUCCAGAACCUAAAGGACCCGACCAACGGCUACUACAGCGUCAACACCUUCAAGGAGCACCACUCGACUCCCACCAUCUCACUGUCCAGCUGCCAGCCCGACCGGCCGGCCGGCAAGCAGCGGGUCCCCACAGGCGUGUCCUUCACUAACCUAUACAGCACCCUGAGCGGGCAGGGCCGCCUGUACGACUACGGGCAGCGCUUCGUGCUGGGCACGGGCAGCUCGUCCAUUGAGCUGUGCGAAAGGGAGUUCCAGAGGGGCUCCCUGAGCGACAGCAGCUCUUUCCUGGACACGCAGUGCGACAGCAGCGUCAGCAGCAGCGGCAAGCAAGAUGGCUACGCGCAGUUCGACAAAUCCAGCAAGGCCUCGGCCUCCUCCUCCCACCCUUCCCAGUCUUCCUCGCAGAACUCCGACCCCAGCCGGCCCCUCCAGCGGAGGAUGCAGACUCACGUCUGAGGGGCCGUUGGGGGUGGGGGGGUCCCCCCCAUCUCCCCCAACCCCCAGACCCGCCAGGCCUCACAGGCCGGUGCCCGCUCCUGAGCCCUUACCAAGCACAAACCUGUUUCCCCAAACAGGCCGCGCCGGGGCCUGAGGAUGGAACAGGACUCGAGACUGAGGGGCGUGGGGUGUCCUGACCCCCCCCCCCAACACUCCCCCUCCCCCUCACCCACCUGCAGGACCUUCCCUUAGCUCCCUGGGGACCCCAGCCUCUCUCCCGCCCGGCCCGUGGGCCGCGCCACUCUGCUUUAAUGAAACUGCCGCCCAGUCUAAGCCAGAAGCGGUGCCCGCCAGAUGCCCACGCCUGCCCUGGCCCUUCUGCUGUCCAAGGAAAGCAGGAGGCUCUGCUAACACUGAGAGGGAACCCAGAGCCCUCUCCCUCCAACCGUCACCCCGGGCCCAGCUGCCCGGAGACCAGGGAGCGGGGGCAGUCCCGGACCCAGUUGCCCAGAGCCCCCCGAGAUCAUGCCCCCAGGCCCAGGUUGGAGGGUCCCCCUGUUUCCGUUUGGUGUUUCAUGCCCCAACCUACUGCUGUUCUGUCUUUGGACUGAACCCUUGCCCAGACAUGCCGGAAGGACCAGCCCCUCCCUGGGACUGUCGAGUCAGACAUUGGUGAUGCCGGGAGGGCAUGUGGGCAUGCCAAGGGACUUCACUGCCCACGCUCGGCCCCCACUCAGCCCUGCCGCGGUGUCACGGAGACCCUCCCCCACCGCUUUGUGUGCCCCCCUUCCCCCCACCCCCCA